GUCUGCCCGAGGCUGCGCUGAGCUGCUGGAGUCCAGCCACGAGGCCACUCAGGUUUAGCCAGAGCAGUUAUUAUCAUCACAGUUUGGGGCCCAGCUGUCUCGCCUGCUCGGUGCAGGGGGCUGCACCCAGUGAUCUUCCUGGCCUGACGGGUUAUGAAUUCAAGACACGUGUCUUAUCAUGGAGCUGAAAUGGUUGCUGUGUGCGACAUUGCUGGUUUUUGGAAUAGUUGUUGUCCAGGCACAUGAUGGUGAAGAUGACAAUGAUGAUGUAGUUGAUAUUGAAGAUGACUUGGAAGAUGGCAUUGAGGAGGUAGAAGAGUUGAAACCUGAAGCCAGCACCCCUCCUCCAGCCCCAAAGGUCACAUAUAAGCCCCCAGUUCCAACAGGUGAUGUCUAUUUUGUGGAAACCUUUGAUGAUGGAACUCUGAUAGGAUGGGUUCUUUCCAAGGCCAAGAAAGAUGACACAGAUGAUGAGAUUGCCAAAUAUGAUGGUAAAUGGGAAGUGCAGGAACUGAAGGAAACAAAGCUUCCAGGGGACAAAGGACUUGUAUUGAUAAGCCGGGCCAAACAUCAUGCAGUCUCUGCCAAAUUGUCAAAACCUUUUGUAUUUGAUACCAAACCACUCAUUGUACAGUAUGAGGUAAAUUUCCAAAAUGGAAUAGAGUGUGGUGGUGCCUAUGUGAAACUGCUUUCAAAGACACCCGACUUGAACCUGGAUCAAUUUCAUGACAAAACGCCCUAUACAAUCAUGUUUGGUCCUGAUAAAUGUGGAGAAGAUUAUAAACUGCACUUCAUCUUCCGGCACAAGAACCCGAAGACUGGCAAUUAUGAAGAGAAGCAUGCAAAGCGUCCAGAUGCAGAUCUGAAGACCUACUUUACUGAUAAGAAGACCCAUCUUUACACUCUUGUGUUGAAUCCUGAUAAUAGCUUUGAAAUGUUAGUUGACCAAACUGUUGUGAACAGUGGGAAUUUGCUGAAUGACAUGACUCCUCCUGUGAACCCACCCAGAGAGAUUGAGGACCCAAAUGAUGAGAAACCAGAGGACUGGGAUGAAAGGCCAAAAAUCCCAGACCCAGAUGCUGUUAAACCAGAUGAUUGGGAUGAAGAUGCUCCUGCAAAAAUUCCAGAUGAAAAUGCUGUGAAGCCAGAGGGGUGGCUGGAUGAUGAACCAGAAUAUGUAGCAGACCCUGAUGCAGAGAAACCGGACGACUGGGAUGAGGAUAUGGAUGGAGAGUGGGAGGCACCUCAGAUUGCAAACCCCAAAUGUGAGUCAGCCCCUGGUUGUGGUACUUGGCAGCGUCCUAUGAUUGAUAAUCCCAACUACAAAGGCAAAUGGAAGCCGCCUAUGAUUGAUAAUGUGAACUACCAGGGGAUCUGGAAACCUAGGAAGAUCCCAAACCCAGACUUCUUUGAAGACUUGGAACCAUUCAAGAUGACUCCUUUCAGUGCUGUGGGACUUGAGCUGUGGUCAAUGACAUCUGACAUUUUCUUUGACAACUUUAUCAUCUGUAUUGACCGAGCAGUAGCUGAUGAUUGGGCCAGUGAUGGGUGGGGUCUGAAGAAGGCAGCUGAUGGUGCUGCUGAGCCUGGUGUUGUGGGCCAAAUGAUGGCAGCUGCUGAAGAGCGUCCUUGGCUCUGGGUAGUCUACAUCCUAACUGUGGCUCUGCCUGUGUUUCUUGUUGUCCUUUUCUGCUGUUCUGGAAAGAAACAGCCCAGUGCUGCAGAAUACAAAAAGACUGAUGCUCCUCAGCCUGAUGUGAAUGAGGAGGAAGAGAGAGAGGAAGAAAAAGACAAGGGGGACAAGGAGGAGGAGGAAGAGGAAGAAGAAGCAAAUGAAGAAAAGCUGGAAGAAAAGCAAAAGAGUGAUACUGAGGUGGGCAAUGCUAGUCAGGAGGAAGAGGAAGAAGAGGAGGAGGAAGAGGAGGAUGAAGAUAAAAAACCUGCAUCAGAGGAGGAAGAAACUGUGAAUAGAUCGCCCAGAAACAGAAAGCCAAGGAAAGAUUGAAAAAAAUCAUAAGAACUUGAUCUCACUUUUUUUUUUCUUCCCCCCUCCCCUGCCCCCCAAUGUGGUUCUGGGAGAGGACCUUGGACACCUUACAUUGAAACUCAGACAAACCUCAAGACUUCACCAUCCACAGGUUCCAGUCAAACACUAUCCAGUGUAACAGUGUCUAGCAGUAAAAUAUUUGCAAUCAUCUGGGUUUUUUUUUCUAAAGAGCAUCAUUCCUAUAGAAAGAAUGCAGUUAACAUCAUGGGCUGUGGAUUUUGGAAUGUAAUAUAAAACUAACCUUUUUAUUUUGGUUUUAAGUAAUGUUUUUGUUUCAUUUUAAAUAGAUUGGUAGGAUUUCACUGGUCUCGACCUUGGCUUAAUUUAAUGUAUUAAUCAGUGAGAAGUAACAGCAAAAAUCUAGAAAAAACGCUUGGCAAUUCAAAAUUAAUUUUUAUAACUAGUGGAUUUUUGAUUUUUUUUUUGUUUUGUUUUUUUACAAAUAUGGAGAUUCUUAAACUUACCAAUGUCUGUAUUUCCCUAAAUUUGAUAAUCAUUUUUGAGCAAAGGUGGUUAGUGUGGCUGUAUAGCUUUCUUACCCUCAUAAAGAUACUGUGGUGAGAGGGAGGUUAAAUCUAUGUACAUAUGUAACCAACCAAACUGUGUUUAUACUCCAGCUUUUUGGGGGGUUGAGGGGGGGGGGAAAAAAGCAUAAUUGUCCCACAAAAUAAAGAUGCUCCCUAUGGCUGCUGUCUGUUUAGCUGUUCAUAGUCGGCCUAGAAGGUGAGGGUGGGUCCCUUAAUAUGGUACUUUAUCCUGCAGGCCUCACAGAGGCUGGAUGUCUGGUUUCUUUAGUCCUUGCGGGGUUUCUUUCUCAAUAGGGCUGUUCUUUUUACUACGUUUCCUUCCUUCUGUCCAGCCUCUCACCCCAGCUUUCUCUGCUACUGUGCAGCUUGGCUUCCAUUGCUGAACAGUAAUUCAUGCUCAGCUCCUCAAACUUUUUCUUUUUAAGCUAGGCUCACUCCUUUCCAGGAUCCAAACGCUGGAUAGGACAGUGUCCCUAAUCGUUAUUGUUGUCACUGUGUAAACUCCUGCGGACAGGAAGGUGGCCGCAGAAGGCAGGUUGGACUAAAGUCUUUUAUUAAAAGCAAGAAUUACAGUAUUUUGUAGAUGGAAGAAGGAGCAUGUGGAAUGACUGGUGUGUGUAGCUGUUUAAGUCUCUUAUCUGCUCUUCAUGUAACAGUUGCAUCCUAAAUUAUAUUGUGAAUGUAGGGCGUUCCAAUUCCAGCUAAAUAAAUUUUUUAAACGCG